GAGCAACACGCUUGUCCGUCGUACCUCGUUUCAACUCUUUCAGUGUUCAUAGUCUUUGUCCGCAAGUUUCCGGGAAAACGUGCGCUAACAGCGAAUCUAUUUUAUCGUCGUUCAUAAAAGCGUGUAACAGUUAAAAAAGUCACAAAAUGUUCUGGGGAUUGAUCGUCAAACAGGGAAAGAAGUACUCCAAAGUUGUGGAGCAGGAUUUCCAGUUGACCCACGCCGCGCUGGAUUUGACAGCUUCCUCCGGCGAUGUACAGGUUAUGCUGACGACGGAUAACAUCACAUACCUGCUGUGUACGCUCAACAAGAGUAUCCCGCAAGUCCGUUUGGACCAGCAGUUCGCCGCUGGUGACAACAUUAGCUUCGCCACCAAAGGCCAGGGUGUGGUGCACCUCACCGGAAAUGUGCUCCCGGACGAAUUCGGAGACAUGGACGACGACGACGAGGUUGAUGACGAAGAGAUGGAGGAGGAGGAAGUGAAUGGUGAUGCCGGUAAGGUGCGUAGUGCCAAGCAAGCGGCUAAGGUCAAGGUCGCCAAAGAAAUAGCUUCCGGCGAGGUGCCGUCCGACAGUGAUGAGGAAGAUGCUACGUUCUCCGAGUCGAUGCUUGAGGAUAGCGUUACCAAUGGCGCUGACGAGGAUGAUGACGACGACGACGAGGACGACGAUGAUGACGACGACGAGGACGACGAUGAUGACGACGACGACGAGGACGACGAUGAUGAGGACGAUGAGGACGAUGAAGAUGACGACGAUGAGGAGGAGGAGGAAGAGAAGCCGGCCCCGCAGCAGCAGAAAAAGGCCGCUCCCCAGAAUCAGAAGCAGGCAAAGCAGGGAAAGGAAUUGAAGCAAGCUAACGAUUCCAAGGGCUCGCAGAACGGAAACGCUAGUCCGAAAGAUUCGGCCAAGGACGCGCCCAAGAAGCAGGAGGUAAAAUCGGUACGCACCCUGCAGGACGGUCUGGUGGUUGAGGACCUUAAAGUCGGCACUGGACCCGAGGCCAAGCCGGGCAAGAAGGUUAUGGUGUACUAUGAGGGGCGGCUGAAGUCGAACAACAAAGUGUUCGACAGCACCAACAAAGGUCCGGGCCUGAAGUUCGCCCUCGGCAGAGGAGAAGUUAUCAAGGGAUGGGACCUUGGUGUGGCCGGUAUGAAGGUGGGCGGCAAGCGCAAGCUGAUCAUCCCGCACAAGCUGGCCUACGGACAGAAGGGUGCCCCGCCGACGAUCCCACCGAACAGCACACUUGUGUUCGAGGUGGAAUUGCGGAAGGUGUUGUAAGCGUAUUUUCGUAUUCUUUUCUUAUUUUCUCUUUAAAACAUCGCAUUUGAACUCAUGUUUUCCAGUAAUACAUUUCCAAUCAGUUCUCAGAAUCGAAGAAAACUGUCUUCUUUUUUUGAAGAUACUACGUUCUCUUUUUCCAAAUCAAAACCAGCGGGUCUAUCAAAAUGUUGAAAAAAAAAACUACGAACUACAAAUAGACGUUAAGCCCUUUAUACUUGUAAUAAUCCACUGUAAAACAAUAAA